AUGUCAACUGCCACUGCUCCAGGAGUGUCCUUUGCUAAAUCCGGGGCUGGUUCCCGGGCCGUUGCUCCGGCGAUCAGGAGCGCUUCCUUCGUUGGUUACACCAAGCAAACACCAAACUUGUCAGGCCUAAGGAUGUCAAACAAGUUCAGGGUGUCUGCCACGGCCGUGCACAAGGUGAAGCUCAUAGGCCCGGACGGAGAAGAGCACGAGUUUGAGGCCCCUGAAGACACCUACAUUCUCGAGGCAGCUGAAACUGCCGGAGUGGAGCUGCCAUUCUCUUGCCGCGCCGGAUCGUGCUCCACAUGCGCGGGCAAGAUGACGACCGGGGAGGUCGAUCAGUCGGAGGGCUCCUUCCUCGAUGAGAGCCAGAUGGGUGAGGGAUACCUUCUGACCUGCAUUUCAUACCCCAAGGCGGAUUGCGUCAUUCAAACCCACCAAGAGGAGGAACUCUACUAA